CCCUAAAUCAUCGCGGGUUGUUUUGUUUCACCGAACUGAAUUUUGUCCGGUCGAAACUCAAAAUCGGAACCACCCACGGCGGCGGACCAGAUCUGCUUUCAACGGAGGUGGGUUUGCUCUCUUAUCUGUUAUUACCUUGAUUUCGAUUCCCAUGAUUUAUCCUCUCUGCAAGACUGUUCUCCAUGGGAGGCAGGGUAUCGUAGACUCUCCAAUUCUCAGGCGUUUCUGCAUUCUUCGAAGCGACCCAUUCAUGUUAUCUCUCAGAUUCGUCUCGACCUCUUCGAAACAGAAUCCCUUUGUGGUCUCAUAUCUCAUCAACACUUGUGGGUUCUCUCCGGAAUAUGCCUCACUGGCAUCUGCUUCAUUGGCUUCCAGGCGUAUCCGCUUUAAGACCCCCGAUAGACCGGACUCCGUCAUUGCUUUCUUCAAGAACCUUGGGAUCUCAAAAACCCAAAUCUUAAGCAUCAUCAAGAAGAAACCUGACCUGCUGGUUUACGAUAUUGAGAAAACCCUUUUGCCCAAAAUCGAGUUUCUUUACUCUAGAGAUGUUUCAAGCUCUGACCUUGCCAGAAUCUUAUGUGCAAACCCACAUCUUUUGGGGAGAAGCUUGGAGAAUUGUCUAAUCCCUUCUUUUAAUUUUUUUAGUAAUCUUUUCUUGUCUGAUAAGAUGGCUGUUGAAGCUAUUAAACGCUUUCCGCGCAUGCUCACAAUGCAUCUUGAAGAUGCACUGUUACCUAAUAUCGACAUUCUGAGGGGGAUUGGAGUGAGGGAAUCGAAUUUCGUGAAUGUUUUUAGGCUGCGUCCAAGGACAUUCUACGUAGCUCCAGAUGCGUUUAAGCAGAUUGUAGAGCAAGUACAGAAAAUGGGGCUUCAUCCUUCAACAAUGAAUUUUGUUUUGGCAAUCUGUGUGCUUAGGUCUAUUUCUAAAUCACACUGGGAGAAGAAGGUUGAUAUUUAUAAGAAGUUGGGUUGGUCCAAGGAAGAUGUUUUCAGAGCCUUUAGAUUGCAUCCAUUUUGCAUGUUAUCCUCUAGGGACAAGAUUAUGUGUGUGAUGGAUUUUCUUGUGAACAAAAUGGGUUUCCAGCCUUCAGAUGUUGCCAAAAACCCUUCUGUUAUCAAAAUGAGCUUGGAGAAGAGAAUUAUUCCGAGGGGUUUGUUUGCUCAAGAUCUGUUGUCUAAAGGUUUGAUCCAGAACUUUAAUUUGCAAGCAUUGUUUUAUACUUCAGAGAAAGCAUUCCUUCAGAAGUUUGUGAACUGCCAUCAAGAGAAAGCUUCCGAGCUGUUGAAGCUGUAUGAACAAAAACUGGGUCUUCCUAAGUGAGUGCUGACAGUGGCAGGGUUUCGAUAUUUCCUACAUUAUAUGGUUAUCAGAUAUUUAAUUUGUUCCUAGGCAGGUUACGGGUGGGAGAGCAUUUCGUAGGAUGUGUAUGAUUCAGAUUCUGUGAUCUCUUACAUUGGAUCAAAAUCUACACUCUCAAAACUUUGCCCAAACCUGGCACUGCUAUUUGGUUAUGUUGUUCCAUAUUAUACAUUUUCUUUUCGUCGCGCACGUUUGGCAGGGGUCAUUUCUUUUCCAAUGGCGGCUCUUUUCCCUGUCUUUGUUUCAACUCUUACCCAUUUAUCUAAGUGAUGAGUUCACUGCUGCCAGUGGUAUUAUGAUGCUCUCAUGCUGGUUGUACAUUUGCUGAAAGGUUUGAUUUUAUGAUGUGCAGGCAAUUUUUUGUGCCCAAGAUCAUGUUUUGUAAUUGAUCAGGAAAUUUUCACAUGAUUCUUCAUCUCAGGAAAUCCCUUGAUCCAUCAUGUUGUGUAUGAAGAAUGAUAGUGUACCUAGUUGCUUCACAAGUUUGUUCAAGUUUUCGUGGCCCUUCAUAUUAAGUUUCACAAUUCAAUAACAAUUUUGUUUGGUAUUUGACAAGGAAAAAUAACUACCAUCAAAAGAACUUGCAAUGAGCAAUUCUUAUUUGAACAAGUUUAAUGUGUUAAAUUAGUCAAAAGGGAACUCUAAUUUCAGGGUUAAUCACUGACACAUCCUUUCAAAAUCAAUG